CUUAUUUAACAAUCAGCUGCAAUUGAAGCGCAUUUAUAAAAUAGAAUAAAAAGAUGCGUGUACCAGGUGCUCUUUAUGCUCGCGGCCGUUCGCCUCAAAGCGAGAAGGAUGUACCCUUUCAGGAAAUUUUACCACUGCGAUUGAAAAAUACUGUGAGCGGUAAGGCCGAUUCCGGCAGCGAUGUGGCCUGCCUGCAAGAGAUGGGCGUGCUGUUUGCCUGCCUGAAGGACAACGAGUUUGUAGAGCAGUAUUGCAACAAAGAGAUUACCCAGUUUCAGAAAUGCUACAAAUUCUAUAUGGAUCGCAAGUUCGAGGCAAAAAAGACCAUCAAUCAGGGCAUUGUGCAACCAGGAAAUAAUUUGAACUACAGACAGUUAAACAAAUACCUUCGAAGAUUUCCGAACCCGCAGUAACAUACAUAUUGCUUACUAUUCGAUAGAUAUUUCUUAAUUAUAAAUAAAUUGUUGAACCAUCUAACACAAUA